GUUCCCUUGAAGAAACUGCACGUGUGUGUAGUGUAGUCUGUAUAUUUACCCUAAAAUUUAAUGCUGCAUAUAAAGUUUCGGCCAAUGACAUCUUAGUUACUAUAGGGAGACGUAUAAAUAAUAUAAGUAUGGAAAAUUUUAACGAAUCACAAAUUAAGCUACUUCAGGAAUUGGAGGUAGAAAUGAUGCAAGAUCUAUAUCAAAGAGCAUCAGGUGUGUGUUUGAAGAAAUGUAUGCCACCAAAUGAUAAGGAUACAGAACUGAGCAAAAGUGAAGCAGUUUGCAUUGAUAAAUGUAUAGGAAAAUAUCUGGAAAUCCAGGAGGUAGUUAACAAGACGUUGACAUCACUACAACAAGAGGAAAAUGCUAAGGUUCAGGCAGUCAUGCAGGGUCAAGCACCAAAGUGAUGUCUCUGACCUUAGGUUUAAAAUUAGAAAGAUUACUCUUCGUACUGGCGAAGUUAUCGGAAAUAUCGCCCGUUGAACUGGUGAAGUUGUCUGAAAGAUUUCAAGAUUGCCACUUGGUAAAGGUUUCAAUGAUGGAUAAUUUGAGAAUUCUGGAACCUUCAAACAACAGCUGGAUGGCAGUGAGAAUGCAACGGAUGCUAUGUUACUGUGAUUUACAAAAGGACACUGGAGUCGGAAUCAAAGAUUAACAGAAUUACUUGUUUGAUUUAUAACUAAAAAGCCUUUAUGAAGGUGGUUCAUAAAGACAAUGCAACCGCAUCAAUUAUUAAACAUAUAUCAGUAUUCAAAAUAAUAUAGUAAUACAUUUUUAUUAUACAGAAAACUAUUUUAUGGUUUCAUUAGGGAUUAGGACUUCACAAGUGCUUGUUAAAGUUGACAAAAAACUGAGAACAGACAAGAAUGCAUAUUAAAUGGAUGAUAGAUAUUUAAACAUACUUUCACUUAAUGUCUCUUGAUCAUCACAAAAGAAAAUUUAUUUAUGAUAUAUAUGCUGAGCACCGAUUGUUAAAUGAAGAUGAUUAUGGAAGACCAUGAGACCAUCCAGUCAUCAAUCUUCAUAAUCCAAGUUUAUCUGGUUUAUUGUGUUUUCUAAAGAGUUUCCUCUGGCCCUAACACCAGACUUUGACAUUUUGACAGAUAGAUAUCUGGUGUAAGACUGGUAUCAGGGUCCGAGGAAACUCAAAAAGUAUUUAUGUGUAAAAAAGGAAAGUGGAUGUUGUGAAUUCCUUUUAUGAAAAAAGCAAUAAAGGUGAAAUAAUAUUGAC